AUGGCCGUGCGCCCUUACAACGGAGGACAUUUCGAGAAAAUUGGAUCAGAAGAAGAACAUACUAUCGAAACUUUUGAGAGGAAAAUACAUGGAACUCCUUUCAGUGAGCCUGAAAGACAAUAUUCCCGACAACAGUAUACCGAGAGAAGAACAUACGGAAGAGAUGAAAAUGGCGAAGUUGUUGUAAAAAUUGAAAAAGAUCCCUCUGAACCCAUUCGCCCUGUUACGCCAGUUCGCCCCGUAACACCAGUUGGAGGGCAUGACGAUCACCUAUUGAAGCCCAUUCAACCUCUAACUAUUCCACGUAUUGAGCUCAGCUCAGUUUCUAAUCGAAAUUCUCCAAGACAUAAUGGAUCGGUAUCACCUAGAUCGGUAACAUAUCAGCUUUCUCCCAGGAGUGCUCCUGUUUCUCCACGCAGUACCACCAGCAGUAAUUAUUCCGCCGGAGGUACUCCAAUGAAGAAGGUUGUUAAAAAAUCUCGUUGGGUUUCUAUCCACGAUGGGAGACCCGUAAGCCCAUACAAAGAAACAGUUUCGUAUGAGCCUGCGUUUCCUGAUCGCUACAGCAGUGCGUCUCACAGAUCUAUCCAAUCGCCGUCAUUAUCACCUGCCCCUCAUGGACUUCGUCGGCCCUCAGAUUGUGCUUUGAUCAUGGAAAACCCUCUUUACUACGCAGAUUAA